UUUUUUUUUUUUUUUACUUCUUCUAGAGAUUCGCCGACCAUAUCAAGCUGUCAUCAUGUUCUCGCGUGGUGUAGUGCAAUCCACCUAUCGCAGCAAUGCGUCCCUUUUCUGGAAAGCUUUUAGGGCUGCCUCAGCUCCUGCUAUUACACGAGGAACGCUGCCGGGCGCAUUGACUACGGGUAGAAGAUACAUUUCAGUCUAUGGCUACACACAAGCUAAAGCAUUAGUGUACUCGCGAUAUGGCGAACCCAAAGAUGUUCUACGGCUCCACAAACAUUCUAUCUCUCCUCCACACGGGUCGCAGGUUACUCUACGCCUUCUUGCAGCACCUCUGAACCCAGCCGAUGUGAACCAAAUUCAGGGCGUGUAUCCGAGCAAACCGCCUUUUCAGACGGCCCUUGGCACCCAGGAUCCAUGCGCUGUGGGCGGAAACGAGGGCGCCUUUGAGGUCAUUGCGACGGGCUCCGGUGUCAAAACACUUAGCAAGGGUGACUGGGUCGUCAUGAAGCAGACGGGACAGGGAACCUGGCGCACACACGCUCAGAUGGAAGAGUCGCAGCUGAUUAAGAUUGAGGACACAGACGGGCUGUCGCCACUUCAGAUUAGCACAGUCAGCGUCAAUCCAGUCACAGCCUACCGCAUGAUCAAGGACUUCUGCGAAUGGGAUUGGAUGCGGAGUGGAGAAGAAUGGUUGAUUCAGAACGGAGCCAACAGUGGUGUUGGUCGCGCUGUUAUUCAGCUCGCGCGGGAAUGGGGCAUUAAGACGAUCAAUGUUGUCCGCGAGAGGAAGACCCCCGAGGAAACGGAGGCUCUGAAGUCUGAGCUCCAUGAGCUAGGCGCGACGGCAGUGGUGACGGAAACAGAAUUGCUUUCAGGAGACUUCAAGAACAUGUUGAGCGGGCUCACCCGCAACGGGAGGGAGCCAAUUCGACUUGCCCUGAAUUGCGUAGGUGGUAAGAAUGCCACCGCACUGGCAAAGGCUCUGAGCCCAGGUUCUCACUUAGUCACAUACGGGGCAAUGUCGAAGCAGCCGGUUUCCCUACCUUCCGGGCUACUUAUCUUCAAGAAUCUUGCCUUCGAUGGAUUUUGGGUUAGCAAAUGGGGGGAUAAGCAUCCUCAACUCAAAGAGAACACCAUCAACGAUGUGCUACAGUUAACCCGGGCAGGAAAAUUCAAGGACAUCCCCGUAGAGGAAAUCAAGUGGGCCUGGGACACAGACAGCACUGCGCUCACCGCUGGUGUGCAGGAAACUUUGAGUGGUUACCGCAGUGGAAAGGGCCUAUUCAAGUACGAGGGUGGGGACUGAAGCACUUGCCGCGACGCUGGUAGUUAUGUAUCAAAUGAAUCUCAUGCGCGUUCUUCUUAUAUCUAACCGC